CCGCGGCAUCAUGGUUGCAGGGCAUUGCUAUGGCCCCAUGGACCCUGCGUCCAACAUAAUUCUCAAUGCCAUCUGGUAUGACACUGUAUUCCCUCAGCCGGAGCUGGAUGCUGGGUUUGAGCCGGACAUUCUCGACAGCGAAUCUAUGCUUCGCGUGGAGGUUCGAUCCCUCGAAAGCCUUGUUGCCUCUGUCUCCACAGCCACUGGGUUUUCAGAACACAUGGCCGUCGAAUACCUUUGCUACAAGCAGUGCGACCUAUCUGCGGCGUUACAGAUGGCAACAGAGGAGGUGUGCUACAAGUCUUAUGUUUGUGCAGGCCAAGCUGGAAAACACCCCAAGCAUUUCGAGCUUGCAUCAUUUCUCAUGUCCAUGGCCCAUAAUGCCCUAAAAGACACCCUGCUGACCGACAAAGCAAUGAGGAAAGGCUAUAUCAUUUCUGAUGCAGUUCUGGAGAAAGUGUACAAAAUAAUGGAAGAUCAAAGCUCAUCCAUUUCACCAUCACUUGAUCAUCCUAGCCUAUGCCCACCAGCCUGGAAGAUGCUAGCAUCUAGGAAAGAUGAAUUCGUCAAGAAGCAGAAGUUCCUUGGUCGAGUCUUGGGAGAAUUGCUUCUUGACUACUCGAAUCAGCAUCCUUGGGAACCUGUUCCGAGGCUAGAUGUGAUAUGUGGUGUUAAGAAAGACUACAGCAGGCAUUCAAAGUUCUACCAUGUCAAUUUCUUAGUGUACUAUGAUGAUGUUUCUUCAGCCCGUGUGCUCUUUUUUGCUGAAGUAUGGGUGUCGAGCUUUCAAGCCAAACCUAGCACAUCUGUGAAUCUGGUAAAUGGACCAUGUAUUAGAUAUGGUCGCCAAGUUGAAUCUAAUGUGCCGUUCACCAAGGUUUAUAGUAUAUCUAGAAAGGAAUCAGAAACUUCAUUUUGUUGUCCACUACCUUAUUACAGUCCGGAUCAUCCAUACCUUGGACGUUGCACUUCUUGUGAGCCUAUUUCAUGCAAAAUUGUCCAUCCACCAUCUGGGAAUCAUACCGGGGCAAACUACAGUCAACUUGGAAAACUCUUUGAAUAUUUGAAUCUUCGUGAUUAUAAGCCUUCUGCUGCGGAUAGCAUAACGGAAUCAGAUUUUGUAUACUUUGAUUGUCAUAGGGACACCAAGUUUGCAGAAGGUCUCAAUGACAGAAGCUCUUUGGAGAAGAAGAAAGCGUUGAUCAUCCGCUGAUCCUAAUUAGGUGGAGGAAUAGGUAUUUGCACUGUGCCAAAGGAACCUUGCAAGCCCGAAAUCGCCAACAUGAGCAACCAUGUCAUCGUCCAGGAUAAUAUUGCUUGGCUUGAGGUCACAGUGAACAAUUGGAAAUGGCUUGUGGUGAUGUAAAUAGUCGAGU